AUGAUCCAAGAAAAUGAGUAUGAUAUUUGUCAAGUUUUGGUUAUAAAUUUGCAAAAUGAAGAAAUAUGUUGUGGUCAGCAAUUUUUACAUGAUGGAUCUACAGGAAAUAUGGCCAACCAUCUUCGUGAAAAGUAUGACAUUCAUGAAAAAAUGAAUAAGCCGAAGGAUAACUCUAUUCAAUUAACUAUACCACAAGUAGUGGAAAAGGCAAAGAUUAAACCACAUAAGAAACCAUGA